AGUUUUGACAAAAUGUCCGGUCAAAAGCCAAGUGGUUACCGGAUACUUCCACUACGGGAUCACAAUGAUAUGUUCCUGAAAGCAAAGUUUGCAGUACCAGAUCUAAAGGAUACAGAAAAGUUAUCAACCAGAACAAAGAUUAACCUGCUUUAUUAUCAGACAAACUAUUUCCUAUUUUUCAUCAUCUGGCCUUACAUUUUUGGGUCCCUCCAGCCAGAUAUGUUUUUGUAUGGACUUGGUUCAGUGCUUGUGCUGCCAUUGACAUUACUAGUGCUAGCAGCUGACAACAUCAGACCAUCUGCUGUGGCUCCUCAGACUAUAAGCUUAUGCAUUGGAGCUUUGUGGUCCAUUUUCUGUGUAGCAACUGGUCUUUGGACGAGUGUUUGCUACUUCUUGGUAUCCACAGGGUUACCUUUAGCAGCUGUACUGGGACAUGCCUGUGCUCGAUAUACUUCAAGACAGGACGUCUACCACUUCCACCACUCCCCCAUGAGCUACAUCUUGGGUUUCAAGCCCGGUACCGUACAGACCACCACCGCCCAGAAGAUGAGAGCAGCACCUCCUCCCGAGUACAGGGAGUACGAGCAGAUCCGAGCCAACACACUCCCCAGACGGAACACCAAUGGCUCCUGAGUUGGCUCCUGAGUUGACUCCUGAGUUAGCUCCUGAGUCGGCUCCUGAGUUGGCUCCUGAGUCGGCUCCUGAGUUGGCUCCUGAGUUGGCUCCUGAGUUGACUCCUGAGUUGGCUCCUGAGUUGACUCCUGAGUUGGCUCCUGAGUUGGCUCCUGAGUUGACUUCUGAGUUGGAAACUUCUACUGAAUUGGUUUCCGUUUGUGGAAGUCAGUAAUGUGAACAUGGUAUUGCUAUCGGGGGCUAGAUAGUCAAUAGUUUGUUUAUAUAAAUAACAAAAAAAUAUUAAUUUAAACUUACAGAAUUUGCCAAAUUAUUUGUUUUCAUAAGUUUUUAUUGGUUUCGAAUUUUAUUCUUUUGUAGUUGUGUGUCUAGUAUCGAGGAUCUUUCGAGUGUUAAUGAGGUUAAAUCGAUCAUCUACAUUUUGGGAACCACAAUUAUGCCUUUGGGAAAUUAUAUUUAUCGGGAAGUACAUUUUUGAGUUUACCUUUAAAAUUUCUGUUUUUAAAACAAACAAAAAAUAUCAGAGCAUGUAGAAUCUAGAUUGUAGUUUAAAUCAGGUAGAUGAAUCAGUAAUUGGGUAAGUGUGGCCGAGUGUGAACUUUUAACAUUGUAGUGUUUAGUAGGGAGCAUCUCAACAGACAAAGUAAAACAAGUUAUAAUUAUUACAAAUAAUAAUUAUAAUUGUAAUUCAUAAUCAGUAAUCUUAGUACAAGGCCAAUGAGUGCCGAAACGUCGAUUAAUUUUUUAAUCGCCCUGUUAUUUGCCUUUUGUCACUGUCGAGGGCCGUGAUGCCCCCUAUCAAGCACUACAAUUUUUCUUCAUUAUAGCAUGAAAAGUUAUCAUGAUGAUUGUUCAAGUCCUUUUUUUGAUAUUUAUGUAUUAGCAUUAUUCGAAUUUUCUAACUUCUUAAUUAUUUAGAGCUGAUAGAAUUUUCUAUAUUCAGAAGGGCGUCAGUUAUUUAAGAAUGUAUAAAUUUAGUUUAGAAAUAAUGUUAUUUAUAUUUGAAGAUUAUCC